AGUAUCUAGCUUAUAGACGCAAGGCAACGUGUAAUAAUAUUUGCCACCAAAAGCUCAACCAACUUUCUAACGGCUACAAUCAACUCUCAUUUCCGUUCUUCCGGUGCCAACAAAUAAUUCAGACAGCCAAAAAUGGCGAUUUCGAUAAUAUCUCCCAUCAAUCGGACCUACUUUUCUCCCGCCAGUAAUUCCCCCCAAAUUUCUACUAGUAGUAGCAGUUAUAAUCUCAGCCUUUCUUCUUCCUCUACCAACAAAACCGUCCUCACUUCCUCGUCACAUGUCCGCCGCAGUGUCUCAAGUUCCGCCGGAACUUCUCAAGCUUCUGUUGAAAUUAAUAAUUUGUUGGAGAGAGUGGAAGUGCUUGAUGUGGAUGGGAAUUCGAUAUUGAUUUCUGACUUAUGGAAGGAUCGGAAAGCUGUUGUUGCAUUCGCUCGUCAUUUUGGGUGUGUCCUUUGUCGCAAACGGGCUGAUAUGCUUGCUGCUAAAAAGGAUCGAAUGGAUGCUUCAGGUGUGGCUCUUGUCCUGAUUGGACCGGGAAACGUUGAUCAGGCUAGGGCAUUCUCUGAGCAAACAAAGUUCAAAGGAGAAGUAUAUGCAGAUCCUAGUUAUGCAUCAUACAAGGCACUGAACUUCGUUUCAGGAGUUACAACUACAUUCACACCUGGGGCAGCUUUGAAGAUUAUAGAAGCGUAUAUGAAAGGGUAUCGACAGGAUUGGGAGCUUUCUUUUGAAAAAGAUACCCGUACUAAAGGUGGCUGGCAACAAGGGGGAAUUAUGGUUGCAGGCCCAGGGAUAAGCAACAUCUCAUACAUUCACAAGGACAAAGAAGCAGGAGAUGAUCCCGAAGUAGAAGAGGUACUAACUGCGUGUUGCUCAUGAGGCUACUUACAUAUUCUCUGAUACUAGAGGAUAUGAAGUGAUUUUGGGAAGCCCCAUGGCACAAAGAUUAUUACUGUGCGCAUAGGAAAUGGCAUUCAGUUUCAUCCUAUAUGAGCAUCCACUUUUUCAAACAAUUGAGUUGCAUAAAGGGAACUGCUACAGUUUUAUGAUGGGUCAUGUGUAAAAACUAGAAAUUUAGAUAAAUCAUGAAGAUAUACAUGCAAAGAAAGUAUAAUUGGUAGGGAUUUUUUUUGUGCCAGAAACAACUUACUCUUAGAAUAUUGAUGUUUUUUUUUUGUUU